UGUUUGAAAUUUCUUAUUACCUGUAUCUGUUUAAUAAUAUUGUUUGUGUGUUUUCUGGGAUAUUUAUUGUAAACAUAUACUUAAACAUAAAUAUUUCAAUUGAUUUUAAAUUGUAAAAUCUUUUUUGUUGAAAGUGAAUUAUCAAAAUGGCGACAUUUGCAGUUUCCAGAGAUUCCAAUGUGGUUAAAUAUUAUUGUUGUACAAUCUGCGAGAAAGAGCGGUCUCAAGAAGUUAAUGCAGAUUUUUACUGUAAAAAAUGUCUUAAAUACUUCUGCAGUUCAUGUAUAAACUCCCACAGACAGCAUAGUCGGUGGUUUUAUAAAAAAUCUCCUUAUGGAAAGGAUAAAAUAAAGAAAUGGCCACUUUCUAAGAAGAUGGAGAAUUCUCUUUUAACAUGUGUCAUACACAAGGUUGAAAAGUUAACAAUGUACUGCCCGGACCACAGUCAGCUGUGCUGCUCUAGAUGUGUUGAGCUUAAUCACAGACUAUGCUUACAAGUGACCACAUUACCUCAGGCUGCCAAGAAGAACUCAACUGACUUCAAGAUUCUGUCUGUCACAGCGGAAAAUACUCUUUCACACUUGAAACAGUUUCUGACCUAUCAGGAGGACAGAGUGAAGUCUUUAAAGGUUUCAUACAAUGCACAUGAGAGGCUUAUUGUGGAUGGUAUGCGUCUGAAUAUAGUAUCAUUCUUACUCCAAUGUGAAACCAGUACAGUGAAUGAAACACAUGGACAUAUGAGAUACAUGGUCAACAACAUGCGUGAGAAAAUCACGUCUUUAUUGGCAAAUUUUGAGAACAGCAAUGUUAAGGAAAAUAAAGAAGAGCUGAAACUUAAGCAAGCUACUCUUAUUAGUGUGAGAGAGAGCUGUACCAGGCUUCACAAUGAAUUAUUCCAUCUCGAUGUAGCCAUACAUAAAGUACUGGGUAACAUGGAACUGUCUUUUAUAACCAGUAUAAAAUGUCAGAAAACAAUAGAACAGUCUAAAACAUAUUUAAAAGAAAAUUUUUACAACUUUUGCAACCAUGUGUUCACUGUGAAUGGGACGUCUGAGUACAAUGUGAGAUUACCAAGUGAUUCAGUCACAUGCUUUAUCGAAGCCAUCUGUGUUCUCCCUGAUGGGCAGGUCUUGGUUGCAGACUACAAUAAUAGCAAAGUCAAGCUGCUGAACCACCAGUACCAGAUGGUGCAUCACUGUGGUGUGGCUGCUAAUAUAGAGGACAUGUGUCUCAUCACACCCAGUGAGGUUGCAGUGGCUAUGAAUGAUGGUAGUAACAAACAUGAGGUCCAGUUUAUCACAGUUACACACAGCCAGCUUGUCCUAGGGAGGAAGUUUAGGUUACAACAUGACUGUAAAGGUAUUGCCCAUCACCAGGGAGACCUGUUUAUUACCUCUGGUUCUACCCUGUACAAGUUCUCACUGAGUGGGAAACUGGUCUGCAUAUUGUAUGAGGAUAAAUCAGAUAGAUUGACAGUAUUGAAGUGUGCUCUGAGUCCCACAGGAGACAAGCUGUACAUUACUGACUGGGACCAUCACAAGCUCCUCACCCUGGCCAUGGAUGGAACACUCCUGGCUACAUUAACAGACCCAUCACUAGAGCGCCCAUAUGGUCUUCAUGUGACCCCUGCAGGCCAGAUGCUGGUCUGUGGAUGGUACUCCCACACUAUACUACAGGUGGACAGGGAGGGUAGGAGUAAGCUGGCCACUCUGGCUACACGGGAGAGGGGUGGAGUGGGGUUCCCAGUGUCAGUCUGCUACAGCAGCACUACAUCCUCCAUCAUUGUGGGAAAGCUGGGGGAUCACAUCCUGGUGUUCAGAGUGGAAUAGUGUGGACAUUCGCUGCUGAGUCAGGACAACGAUGCUGAGGAUAAGGUGGACAAGGAUAACCGGAAUACGCAGAAGUAACUGCUAGGCACAGAAUACAACUGUUUGGUGAAAGGCUCAGCCGUAUCAAGGCCUAGUGAUGUGGGGCGACGCGACUUUUCCAUUUCUGCGUAUUGCAUCAUGCCGGACAUUUUAGCUGACACUAACAAGGGAGAGAACUGAAGAUCUUCACCAACAAAGAGCACCAGCAUUGAUAUCGAGUUGGCCCAGCAACAGCAACAGUCUGGCCUGCAGGAGCCCCAGUCCAGGACAACCCUUCCUCUCCCCUGACCCCUAACUCCUCCCCCAUGACCUCCAGCCUCAAUGGGUCAGCAUCGUUGAACAAUUCUGUUCUGCAGCAUGAUUUUGUUCUCAACAACCGCAAUGUCCGUGUCAAGUUUUCCAUACUCAAACCUGAACAGUUGUGAUAAGCUCGAUUGGGACGAGUGUUACAGACACGAGAAGUUAUGGCAGUAGUUAUGGUGAUGCUAACAAUCAGUUCUUGCUGUUUGACCUCACAAUGAAUAUUACGUAGAAUAAAAAAGUUGAAUAACUUGUUCCAUUCUUUAUGGAGAAAAUCAAUGAACAAUAGAAGCUAUUAAGUCAGAAGUGUUUCUGCUGUCGAUAGUUUGUACAGUAGUAGCGUUACGGACUGUUCCGGUUUGUCCUCUCAGGCGUCCCAACUGACCAAAGAGAACACGCUUUUAGCACUCUUUCUAAAAAAGAAAGGCAGCCAUGACUUUGUUUUGAACGCACAGAGCACGACACAUCCACGGGGUGUGCCUCAGACGCGAAUUUCGUCCAAUAUUUGGUACGAGCACUUCGCACUCCGAUCCCAAAGGGCCAUGCAUUAAACGGAGGUUUGAGAAGGUUUUGAAAAAUGACAGCAGCUUUGUUGUGCGGUCUAGUACGCCCUUUGACUAUGAUCCCGACGUUAAUCAUAACUCAAAAUCGGCCCUUAGCAGUAUCAGCAUGUCAUCUCAGCUUCUUGAGCUUCAGCAAAUAUUAUAAGCCAACAAGACGAAAGUCGUUCGGGUGAAAGUCGAUGACAAUUCCGACCUCCUUCUUGCACAAAUAAUACAACUAGCUCAAGAAAUUCAGCACAAAGACGUCUUGCGUCAGCCAAGCAUGCCUUCUAUCAACAUCUUCUCCCAUGUUGGUUACAUCAACACUAACAAUAGCGGAGCCAUGAGCCGGUUCCUACAGGACUUCAUGCAUUCGUAGAUUGGUACCCAGCUUAACAACAGGCUCUCUGAUCAGCUGGGUCCAUACGCCUAGGGACACUUAGUGGACAUUGGGGCCAAUGCUCAACCCGUCCUAUCCGCAGGGGGCAGCCAGUCUAAAACUGGGGCACCAAACUUUCCUGCCCAGGGGCCAAGAUUACUUAAACCACAAGGAACAUUGGGACACAUGUUUAGGAUUCGCGAGGGAUCACAAGGUCAGGCCAAGAGAAAUAUGUUCACAAACUCCGAAUUGGCCACUUCAUCUCAAUAGGACAACAUGUCGAUGAACAAGGCACCCUUCCCUGAAAACCUGGCCGAGCUAAUGAACAGGUAGACUGCCUCAAACGUUACCCUUCAGAGAGAUAGGAUUCCAGGCCGAAUGUCAAACCGGUACCAAUCUAGGUUCCAGCAGCAGCCUCAGCCAUGGGGACAGGUCCAUGAUGCACCCAUGGUCUUAUAAAUUUCUGAACAUCUCGAUCUCACAGCAACAAUACAGCAACAUGGCCUGCAAGGUGGAUACGCUUAUUAAUGAUCAUUAAAGCCCACAAACCACGUUUUGGAGAGGGUAUAUUGGAGUCAAUAUUCUGUCAAGGGUCGUCCCACACCGUUCAGUGCCUAGUGAUGAAAUCCUCCAUCAUGACCUUGACCUUGCUCCAGCACUCACCAGGAGAUCAUGUUAAAUGUCACAUGGUCUUGGGUGGCCAUGGCAAACUCUGGAUAGCAAAUCGUUGAGUCUGGAAGCAUUUUCUGUCACAGCUCCAUGGUUCAGGACCCUCAGUCUAUGAACAUCAUGCAGAGCGGACCUCUGACGCAUAUGGGCGAAAUCAAACCGGUCAAUCAGAAACACAGCCUGUCGCAGCAGUUGUUACCCUAUUGACCCCAAUAAAACUUUAGAAGCUCA